AUGGCUCGUUCCAGGGGUGCGCCUUUUCGCAAGGGCGGUACAGAACCCCGGAGACAUCAGCCACCCAACCCGACGAGCACACAGCAGCGAGCUCCCAUCUCGAAUCUCCCGAAUCCUCCGCCCCCGACCAUCCCGAUCCCCCAAGAUACCCCUCGAUUCGAAGACCUCCGUGGCAAGAAUCUAGUCAACCCGGUCAUUCUUGAUACCCUGACCUACGACCUUCACUUCGACCAUAUGAUGCCAGUACAAGCUGCCACUCUAGAAUAUCUUCUGCAGGGAAAAGAUUGUUUGGCUCAGGCAAAGACUGGGACUGGCAAGACUUUGGCCUUUCUACUCCCAGCGGUAGACACCAUUCUGAAGAACAGGACUUCACGUCUGUCAGCCCUGAUCAUCUGUCCCACGAGAGAGCUCGCUCUACAAAUCGCAGCCGAAGCGAAGAAGUUGUUGCAGAGAUUUCCACAAUGCAAGGUGGCCUGCUCCAUCGGGGGGACGAACAAGAACACCGAAGCAAGGGCCAUCUUCAACGGCUGCGACAUACUGGUUGCUACCCCUGGCAGACUUUUGGACCACCUGGGCGAAGAAGGGGUUCAACACCAACUAGGAUCUCUUCAGACGCUUAUCCUUGAUGAGGCGGAUAGGAUGGUUGACAUGGGGUUCUUGCCAGAUAUCAAGAGAAUCUUGAAGUAUCUUCCCAAUCUUCCUCGACAAUCAAUGUUGUUCUCUGCUACAAUUGAUGACCAGGUGAAAAAUGUUGCCCAUCUCUUUCUGAACCAGGGAUAUGAACAUAUCUCAACCAUCCCCAAAGGCGAAGCAAACACCCAUGAACACGUUGAUCAAUAUCUUGUCACCACUCCCAGCAUGAACGAACAAGCCCCUGCCCUGGCUGCUGUCACUGAGUCAGAGCUUACUUCCACCAACCUAUUCAAGGCCAUUGUGUUUGCUCCCACCGCAGCUCAUGCGGAAUUCUACGCCCACAUCCUCGCCGCAGUUGGCACGAUGCCAAAGGUUUCGGUGCUUCAUUCUCGUAUGUCGCAGGCUAAACGAACCCGAACUACGGAGGAAUUUCGUCAAGCCAACAUGGCCAUUUGUGUGGCAACAGAUGUCAUCGCUAGAGGAAUUGAUUUUCCUAAUGUCACUCAUGUCUUCCAGGUUGGACUCCCAUCUGACAAAGAAUCCUACAUUCAUCGUCUUGGACGUACCGCACGCGCAGAUGCCGGAGGCCGAGGUGUCUUGAUCCUCAGUGAGGUCGAAAAGGUCUUCCUGUACCAGCUGAAGGGUAUUAAGAUCCAGGAAUAUCCUUCUGCACUUCGGUUCAGCACUGAAGAUGUCGAACCGGCGUUGGCGCACUUCCAGGACAAGACCAAGGUGUACCAAGCAUGGCUGGGGUAUUACAAGACACACAUGAAGUCUUUGAAAUGGUCCGCCGUCGAACUUGUACGCGAAGCGAAUCGGUUUGCAUUAGAGGGUCUCGAUUGUCCUGAAGUCCCGGCCUUGGAGAAGUCUACCAUCGGAAAGAUGGGACUCAAGGGGGUUCCUGGGCUGGUCACGGUCCCGAAUACGGCCGGUUCCAAUAAUCCUCACCGCAGAGGUGGUGGCGAAGGAAGACGACAAGGACGGCCUCCCAACAACGGGAGAUAG